AUGACCAUUGAUGUGGCAACCGAUGGCGCCUUAAUGGAUAAACCUUUCACUGAAGCUUACCAGCUUAUCGAAAGUAUGGUCCAAAACCAUUAUCAAUGGGGGACCGAAUGCCCUCAAGUGGAAAAGGUAGAGCAAAAGGGAGGUAUGUUUGAAGUCAAUAGCCUAGAUCAUGUAAGUGCUAAGGUCGAUUCACUUACACAAAAAAUAGAUAAUCUAACCAUUACACCCACAACUACCAUAGCUAUUGUGACUCCCAACUGUGAAAUAUGUGGAGUCCAAAGGCGUGUUGUUACAGACUGUCAACUAUUAGCAGGAACUUUCCCUAACCAAGUGAAUUAUGCACAAGAAAAUCCUUACUCAGACACCUAUAAUCCUGGAUGGAGAAAUCAUUUGAAUUUCUCUUACAAAAACAAAAAAGCAUUAUUUGCUCCUAGUCCAUCGCAUGCCACACCUCCAGGUUUCCAAAAAGGAGCCCAUGUCGCUCCUACACCUAAAAAGUAA